GUCUCCUGUCCUGGUAGGCUGUUCCAUGAGGAAUGAGGAGCUGUAUUCUUCAGAACACUUACUUAUGCCCUGCUGCUUCCAACUGACGAAGGAAGGUCCACACUCACUCUGAGGUAAGCUAACAGAUGUAUUCAUUCAUUCAUUCAGAAAAAGACCAGGGGGGAUGCAUUGUUAUCAGCAGGGUAAGAUACUGUGUGAUACUACUCAUUCUGACCUAUAAUUUUUCUAUCCGUCUUUUUGUGUAUUGCAGUUCAUUUGAGUAAUUCAGUGAAAGUAAUGUAAUAAUGAUACAUUAAUAAUAACAAUACGCUUUAUUGCAAUUUUGUAAUGUCCUUUGAAGUAAUACACCUUCAAACCAUACUAUGUCAAGCUAAGUAAAUGUUGAACUUUAAGACAUUAACAAAAUAGACAUGCAUGUUUAACUAGGCAAAGAGGUGCAGAAGGACAAGUUUUGUCUUGUUCCCAGCACCACAGCAAGAGACACUGUCAUGGUGUGCAUGUUCUCAUGGAACUCUUUAACUGUAGCAAGUCAUGUGAAUAAAAACCUAGCUGGGAUUGUGCCUUGCUUUGGGGCGGAAACUGCUCAGUAGAGACUGAGAGUAGUGAGGUGCUUGGGGCACAGUGCCAAUGGAUUGGGGUAGGUCAACAUAUCACCCUCAGACACUAAAGGCAACAUGAUACAGUACAUAGAAGGCAGCAGUAUAAUGCAUUCUCACUGUUCCUAAUGAAGGAUUAUUGGAUAGUUAACCUACUGAAUCGAUAUGAAUUCUGCUUCAGUAUACACAUUUCUCCAUGUACGAAUGCGCAGGACAGGUAAUACACUGUGGUUUGUAUUAUCUCCAUGUAAGAAGAUAAAGUGAAUGAAACAACGUGUUCUGUAUCUGAAUUCAUUCAAAGCUGUGAUUAUGUAAGCUCUUUCAAAGCAGGAUUUUGUGUAUACGUCAUUCAUAUGAAGUAUUGACAGUGUAUUACCUUUUAUUUACUCAGACAUCAAAACUAUCAUCACAAACAGAAGGUGACAGAUCAGACUGGGGGCUGUAUUCAAUCUGUACUGCUGAAGUGUUACAGAUUGUGCGAUAAAUGUAAAGGUAUUUUCCGAUUCAGCCGACAUACAUGCAGCGUUUACCAUGAAUGCAGUCUACGCUAACGUGUGAACAUAUCCUUUAAAUUUCAAUCAUGCUGUAAUGCUGAACUUCUGCGAUACGGAUUGAAUAGAGCCCUGGGUCUCUACAGCCUGUUUAGGAAUCAGGCCAAUCUACAGUGAAUGGGGGCAGUUAGCAUAGAUGGCAUUAUAAAGUCCAGGGUGGUGUGUAUUAUUAUCUCUAUGUAAGAAGAUCAAGUGACUGAAACAAGAAUAUGUGUUCUGUAUCUUAAUUCAUUCAAAUCAGUGAUUAUGUAAGCUCUUUCAAAGCAGGUAGGCCUAUUUGCUUUGUGAGCUCAAUUUUGUGUAUACUCCAUAUGGUGUUUGAGGAAGUAAAAUAAUAUAUUUGUUGUUGGCUACUUUGUAGUCAUCCUUGACAUGAGGAUGACGUUACACCAGUGGUUACCAAGAUGGUCUGAAUUAAAAGGCCAGAGGUUAGGAAUAUAACCUUGAAUAAAACUUAAAGACUUUCAAGGCAAAAAUGUGGAGUUGAAUGUUUUUUUUAUUUGGUCAAUAUUACCACUGCACUACAUCACAUAUCAGAUGACUAUGCAAUUAGAAAAGGUCUACAGCAGGGGUAUUAAACUCUUACCCUACAAGUUCCAGAGCCUGCUGCUUUUCUGUUCUACCUGAUCAUUAAUUGCAAGCACCUGGUGUCCCAGGUCUAAAUCAGUCCCUGAUUAUAAGGGAACAAUGACAAAAUACAGUGGAACUGGUUUCGAGGUCCAGAGUUGGGAUUGAGGGGCCUACAGUAUCCUUGUAAGAAAGAACAACAGCCUUGUUGUUACUUUAACAUUAUAAAACAUCCCUGACAAGGUGGGAAAAUCAUCGGAUUACCUCUGAGUCUGUGAAAGGCUUCAGCCCUGGAAAUAGCUCCCACAGAGUCUUUCAUCUCACAAAUGACAACUGUGACCAGUGUGUUUGUUCAGAGAGAUAAACAGAAACAGUCACUUUAUGGCUAAACUAGACCACUGACAGUCCUGUAGCUGAUGUCACAACGUGUACGUCCCAAAUUGCAUCCUACUCCCUGUAUAGUGCACUCAUUUUGAUCAGGGCGUAUAGGGCUCUUGUCAAAAGUAGUGCACUAUAUAGGGAAUAGGGUGCCAUUUGGGACGCAGCCAACAGGUGAUGACACUGACACACAGAAGAAUGAGAUACUAGUGAUAUAAUUGCUGUAUUUAUCGACAGUGGUAAACGUGUAAUUACUGUGUCAUAACGGUUUAUAACCACACGUUCUCAAAAAAACAAAAAUAUUUUUUUUAAAACAGACAGUGUAUUCAGUUUAUCAACCAGCUAAUGAUUAGAAUCAGGUGUGCUAGAUUACAGGGUUGGUGCAGAAACCUACAGGAUGGUAACGCUCCAGGAACAGGGUUCAGCUGCCCUGCUUAUUGCAUUAGGGUUUGUUCAGUCUGUGUAAGACCUGGACAACACAAUAAAUGUCAAAUGUCAAAGGCUAAAACAUGCUGUCCUCUGCCCUACAGGAAAUGGCAUGCAAGUUUGGGACAUAUCUAGCUUUCCUCUUUCUCCUGGCUAGUCUGGCUGUCAUCAUUACUAUAUCUGUGAUCCAGGGUCAUAAGCGGAUCUUUGAGUCACGUCUGAAGGUAAAAACAACAACCACAUUCCUGAUCCUUCUCUGCUCAAAGAGCUGUAUUGACAGUGUAAAGCGUCUGCUAAAUGACUAAAAUGUAAAUGUAUUACCUUGUAUUUACCCAGACAUCAAGACAAUCAUCACAAACAGAAGGUGACAGAUCAGACUGGGUCUCUACAGCCUGUUUAGGAGUCAGGCCAAACUACAGUGAAUGGGGGGCAGUUAGCUUAGAUGGCAUUAUAAAGACCAGGGUGGUUUGUAUUCAAAGCAGGUUGGUGUUGGGGAAACAUUUGAUGCGAGUGGGACACACGCAAAAGGAAGGAUGAAGGGACACUUGACAAGUUGACUUGAUACAGCUUUGGGUAACAGGGUUAAUACAUUAUUUCCUAUUAAUCAAAUGAUAAACGUUUAAUAACUCUGUGAAAUGAAAACCAAUAAUCUUUAGUCAGCACACCGGGUCUAUAUAAGAGAAGGGAAAACUCACUUCAACACUGCAGGAACUGAGUCUCUGAGGUUGGUUCAAAUAGUAUUUGUUUUCUUUCCCCAAACUUUUGCUGUGCUUUAUUUAAUCUUGCCUGACGCAAUGGAAUGGUACUAAUGGAAGUAGUCUGCAAAAGUGCAAACCCUGCCCAUCUGGCACUCCAGGGCAGGUUCAACCACACUCUCAAAGAUAGCAAAUACUUGGCCCGUUUUAAUCCAGGUCUGGGUCUGGAAUGUGUAUUAUUGCUGCCAAUGGUGACAGCUAGUCUUACUGGGGUUUGACACAUAAUGAAAAAUACAUUUACAAUUUACAUACAUUUAAAAACAUUAACAUGUAGAGAGCAUGUGUGUUUGCAUCUAUCAGUACAUGUCAUUACAUACACACAAAAAAUGCACACAAUCAGUCCUUUUGGACAAACUUGAACCAGACUCUAGUUCCAGAGGGCAGAGCAAAACAUUUCUAUGUAUUUGUCUUUAUGCCUGAGUGAGGGUUUCCUGUUCUUACAGAGUAGCUGCAUUUUGUUAUGUAUUCAUGUUCUGUCCCUGUUGUCAGCUUUAUGGAAGUAAUAAUCAUACCAUAAUGGAGUGCAAUCAUUAUGCUUAUAAUAUAUAUAAUAAUAAUAUGCCAUUUAGCAGACGCUUUUAUCCAAAGCGACUUACAGUCAUGCGUGCAUACAUUUUUUUUUGUGUAUGGGUGGUCCCGGGGAUCGAACCCACUACCUUGGCGUUACAAGCGCCGUGCUCUACCAGCUGAGCUACAGAGGACCAUGCUUCUAGCCAAUCAGGAGUCGAGUGCAAUAAUUGUGUAAUAAUUGUGAGGUAUUUGAUGGACUGUACUUUAGGAGAUAGUGAUUGUUUAUCAUAACAUAAAUUAUUGCCUUUCAUUAUACAACAAUUAUGUGUGUGCCACUGCAUAAUUUAUUGAUCUAAUAGUCCUCCUACUCUUGGACAACAGACAAGAGUAUGUUUUCUCUCCUUAGGUUCAGAUCCAUUAUAGCUGUAUCAGUUGACUUUUCUGUAUACAGUAUACAGGUGUACGAUCUUAAUUUGACCAGUUUCGUCGCAGGAGUAAAAUAAUCCUGCAGCAGGAGGAUUUGAUUAUUCCCCCCAAAAAAGUGAUCAUUUCUAACGGGAAAUUGGUUUUGAUAGGCUAGAGUAGGCUAUAAUUUAGGUGUAGUCUACAGUUGCAUUCGGAUACACGUGUAUGUCGUAGUAGAGUUCAAUAUCUGUCUUGUGUUAUUAAGCUAUAUAAAACAACGGUUGUGUAUGGCUGCAUUUCAGAUUUUUUUUUUUACAUUUGAAUGUCGCAGCAGUAGGACCUACAGUAGUAGGACAUUUAUUGGUGCUUUAGCGUUUGAGCGAGAGAGAAAGAGAACUGUGGGUUUUCAGUGAAUUAAUGUAAAUCACAAGGCUCAUUUGAAUUUCCUGCGGCACAGGAAAAUUCUAAGCGACGACAAAGUGAUCAAAUUAAGAUAAAACAUCUGUAUAUGAACUAGCAUCUUGGAUAUGUGGUGUGAUUUUCCUGCUCUCCUCUGUUUGCAGUAUGGCAUAGUAAUCGACUCAGGCUCCUCCCGCUCUACUGUGUAUCUGUAUCAAUGGCCAGCCGAGAAGCAAAAUAACACUGGAGUGGUGAGCCAGACACUCAGAUGCAUGGUCACUGGUGAGUCUGCAUGUUUAAUUUUAUUUUUAAACCCUCUUCGGAGGACAAAAGUAACUUUAUUUUCACAGCUAUUUUGUGAUACAUGUGGAUACAUAGUACUGAGACAUAUCCGGUGUACAUGAUAGUGUUUUCGGUCCUAACUAUUAUAGAGCAUGAGCUUUUAAUCCCUCCCCUCUGCUACUCUCAGCCCAUCCCACCUAUCCCCGUAGACCAUCCUCUCUUGAUUUCCAUGUGACAUAUAUUUUUCAACUGCGCUGUGAUGUCUUACAUUAAUUCUGAACCUUUCCAAUCACAUUGUAUCCACAAAUUGUAAGCUAAAGAUUAAUAUUUUAUAUUGCUGAUAUAUUGAAUAUUGCUUUCCAAAUCGUCCAAUGGUUCAAUUUGUAGGGUUAAUUUUAGAUGAAUGCUGUGAUUUCUUCAGCCACUCCUGAACCUGUGACCACAACAAGCUACAUGGGGGCAAUACCAGAAUAAAUUAUCUAAUGAUUCUGCCUUUUCGUAGCUAAAUCUACAGAGCUGAGAUGGUUGUAUGCCCCAUAUACUGUAUAUACUGUAACAUUCUGUUGAUGGCAAGAAUGUGGUAAAAUAAUUUACAUUUAAAAACUGAGUCUGCAUGUUCAUAAUGAGAUGCAGUGUCACUGGUGAGUCUGCAUCGUAAUGUGAUGAACCCGACACAUUCUUACACAUGUCACAAUCUUGUCCUCAUCUUUUUUUAUGAAGAUUCCAUAAUACAUGACUUUUUGCAAAAGGACUUGCAUGUUAAAUGCACUUAUCAUCAUACAGCCUUUCAGUACUGUGUCAUACUCCUUGAUAUAUACUAUGUUAAAGGAAAAUUCUGCCACUUCUAAACCUCAUAUUCAUAAUCUCCAGCACCAACUAGUGUCUACAUAUGUGAAAACAGCAUAUUUCUAUUAUAUGUGGAAAGGUCCUAAAAGAAUGCUUAUCUGUGAUAUCACAGUGUAGGAUUAAAAGUAAAAACAGUGAUUUUCAAAACCAGCAACCUAAUUUUCUAGCCCAAGGGAGGGUAUUUUCUUGCUCCCCCUGUCACCACGAAUCUCAUAAGCUGUGUUCGAAUACCUAUACUAACAUACUGUAUACUACAUACUUAAUGAGUAUAUGCUACAUACUAUAAACUAUUAGUUCAUUUUAGUAUGCUGUAAACGAACGGUAUCAUUUCAGUUGAGCGUACUAGCGCUUCGCCUGUCUACCGGAAGUUUUGAUGCUGUUGCUAUGCAACCUCUUGCUAGCUUCUUAGCAUAACAAAUGACUAGCUAGACAUUUUAUGAUUUCGGGUGUGUUCAUAAAUUCAAUCUGGAGUGCCAGAGUGCGCUCUGGGCGUUCGUAACUCCAGAGCAUUGUCAGAUUUUCCGUUCGUAAAUUCAGAGCAUUUCGCUCUCGGAGCGUUCAGAGCGCACACUGGAAGCUCUUGCCGAGGAGCAGAGUUGAUCGGAGCGUUCUGACCUCACAACGGCAGUCAAGCACCCAAGCUAACUGGCUAACGUUGGCUAGCUUGCUAGCUACUUCCAGGUACAAAUGAGAGAACACCACACUCUGACCAUUUUACUCACCCUAGCAGAGCUGGUUAGGCUGUUUUCAUGUUAUCCAGAGCGUUGGUGACUGUAACGGUGCUGCUGGCAACAAUUUAAUUGUGCUUUUUUUGCUGACGUUUACUGACACCGGCCAUAUUCAACGGGUGUUGAGCAUUCGUAAAUUCAUCAGUUAUUAAACACCGGCCAUAUUCAACGGGUGUUGAGCGUUCGUAAAUUAAUCAGUUAUUCUGCGCUCGUGCACACUGUAAUAAAUGCUAUUUUUAUAAACAGCUUAUUGCUAUUAAUUUGCUAUAACUAAUUCCUUUUUCCAAGACAAGUUUUGACCACACACACACACUUGCCACAGAUGCACUGACACCCAUAGACUAACACAAGACAAGAUAAUUAAACGCACACACCAAAUCUUUACUCUGCUGAAACAUUCGGAACAAAGGGCCUGAGCUACAGUGUGUAGAUCUCCUAGACCCAAUCACAGAGGACGACGCCCGAGCAGCAUGGACCAACCAGAAGACCAGAUCUGCCAGACUCAACCUACUUUACAAACAGUAUAAAACAUAUGUGUACUGUUUUUUGGCGCUUUUUUCUGGAGGUUCCCUAUGAGCUGAAAGAACGAGACCGUGCACAUUUUGUACCAGACAUUUUUACUCUGAAUAAACUGCCGCUUGUCAUACAAUUUACCACCUAGUCUGAAUCGAUCCUUGACCGGCUCACCCUUCUUCAUAUCCCGUUAUCAACAACACUCAGAAGAGAGGGCUCUGAAAUCAGAGUAGAUAGCCAGAAUUAACAAUGUCCAUUGAGGACGCACAAUGACUAUACCACUUAGCUAAGAAUGACGUGAAUAAUCAAGUCAAUAAACAUUGGGUAGUUAGUUAGAUAGCAUGUAGUUAAUAAACUGCCUGGCAAGUUCGAUGUAUUAGUAGCCAACCUACGUUAGGUAACUAGCUAACAUACCGGUAUGUACAGUGGUUUGCGAAAGUAUUCACCCCCCUUGGCAUUUUUUCUAUUUUGUUGCCUUACAACCUGGAAUUAAAAUGGAUUUUUUGGGGUUUGUAUCAUUUGAUUUACACAACAUGCCUACCACUUUGAAGAUGCAAAAUAUUUGUUAUUGUGAAACAAACAAGAAAUAAUACAAAAAAACUGAAAAUACUGCAAUGCUAUUCUGCAUAACUGCAUAACUAUUCACCCCCCAAAGUCAAUACUUUGUAGAGCCACCUUUUGCAGCAAUUACAGCUACAAGUCUCUUGGGGAUAUGUCUCUAUAAGCUUGGCACAUCUAGCCACUGGGAAUUUUGCCAAUUCUUCAAGGCAAAACUGCUCCAGCUCCUUCAAGUUGGAUGGGUUCCGCUGGUGUACAGCAAUCUUUAAGUCAUAACACAGAUUCUCAAUUGAAUUGAGGUCUGGGCUUUGACUAGGCCAUUCCAAGACAUUUAAAUGUUUCCCCUUAGGGUCAUUGUCCUGCUGGAAGGAUGCAACAAAAUAGUAAAAAUGUCAAGGGGGAUGAAUACUUUUGCAAGGCACUGUACUGCUGUAAUGCUAUGCUGUUCAUAAGGAUAGCAUAGCUAACAAAUUGUCAGCCAACAUAACGUAACUUAUUUGAAAAGUCAUUACUUUAUUACAUUGCUCUACAUUUUCUUAACAUUUGUCAUAAUUAGUAAAAGCAAUGAAUUUGUAUCCACUCUCGUGGGACUUCGGCUGUAUAUUUCCCCCCAUUUUCUUCAAAUCUGAAAACGUUCUGAAGCCUCGCCCAUUUUCGGAACAAUUGCAUUAUGGGCCCUAAAAGUACGGGAAUAGUAUCCACUGCUUGUAUACUUCGUAUUUUGGUGAAUUUAGUACGAUAUCCGGAAACUUUUGGCAUACUAACUAUAUCCAUACUAUGACCAAAAAGCAUACUACAUACUCAAUUUACAUCACAAAUAGUACUGUUAGUGCUGUGAACACAGCUAUAGUGUUUUGAAAAUCACUGAUUUUAAAAUGGUUUAACUUUUGAAUGAUGUCAUCGGGGAGAACUUUUUAACUUUAAUUUUUUUUCUAAAAAACUUAGAAAUGUACAGUUUUCACAAAUGUUGACACUGGUAUUGUGCUGGAGAUAAUGAAAAUGAGGUUGAAAGUGGUGGAGUUGCCCAUUAUGCAUCUGGUGUAAAAGCACUAUAAAUAUAAUCCAGUUUUGUUUAGUGAUGCAGUCUAGCUAUCUAGCGCAUCAUUUCCUUGUGACUUUGAGAAUAGGUAUUGUAUGACUCUGAGCUCAGUCUGAUUUGAGUCCCCAGGUCCUGGUAUCUCGGAUAUGUUAGUUGACGAUGCACAGGACAAACAGUCCUGGGUGUCGAUCAAAGAAUGUAUGAACAACAUCACAAAAAUCGUCCCUGCAGACCAACACAAUUCAACCAUCCUCUACCUUGGGGCAACUGCUGGGAUGAGGCUGCUACAGUGAGUUGUGGUUUUGUCUUCCUCCUGUGUGAGUGUACCUCACCAAUCCUCCAGGUAUGGACCUAUCUCUGUUGUUGCACUUCUGGGAAUGGAUCCAUGGUAGAUACAAAAGUAGUCAUGUGUGCAUGCACACACAUACUGAUCCCACACACAGAAUACUAAUAGGGUUAAUACCAUAUUUAAUCAACCUACUGUAGGCCUAUUAUUUACAUUUUACAUUUACAUUUUAGUCAUUUAGCAGACGCUCUUAUCCAGAGCGACUUACAGUUAGUGAAUACAUAUUUUUUUUAUACUGGCCCCCCGUGGGAAUCGAACCCACAACCCUGGCGUUGCAAACGCCAUGCUCUAUCAACUGAGCUACAUCCCUGCAGGCCAUUCCCUCCCAUACCCUGGACGACGCUAGGCCAAUUGUGCGCCGCCCAUGAGUCUCCCGGUCGCGGCCGGCGGCGACAGAGCCUGGACACGAACCAGGAUCUCUAGUGGCACAGUUAGCACUGCGAUGCAGUGCCUUAGACCACUGUGCCACUCUCUAAAUUCCCUACUGGACUGUGAAUAAUAUAUAACCUCAACAUGUAUCUCUCUUUUGUUUACAAGUUCACAGAAUGAAUCAAAAUCCAAUGAGAUCUUAAGGAACCUGCAGAACUACCUCCAAUCUCUGCCGUUUAACUUCCAAAAUGCCUCCAUCAUGUCAGGACACGAUGAGGGGCUGUACGGCUGGAUCACCGUCAACUACCUGAUGGGAAACUUCCUGGAGGUACGGUACAUUACAAUUUUACAUUAACUUCAAAACCUUUACAAUUACUUUAGAAUUACCUAAAUAAGUCUUAGGCAUAUGCAUAUGUACUGAUGUGUGGGUAACUGUCAGUAAUGUGUGUAACUGUCAGUUGGACCUUUUUAUGGUUCUAUUGUUCUUAUGUUAAAUGUGUGUAGUCCUUGAGCUGUUCUUGUCUAUUGAUGUUCUGUAUUAUGUCAUGAUUUAUGUUUUGUGUGGAACCCAGGAAGAGUAACUGCAGCUUCAGCAACAGCUAAUGGGGAUCAAAAAUAAAUAAAGAAUAAUGUUGCCUUGAUGACAGCUUUGCACACUCUUGGCAUUCUCUCAACCAGUUUCACCUGGAAUGCUUUUCCAACAGUCUUGAAGGAGUUCCCACAUAUGCUGAGCACUUGUUGGCUGCUUUUCCUUCACUCUGUGGUCCGACUCAUCCCAAACCAUCUCAAUUUGGUUGAGGUCGGGGGAUUGUGGAGGCCAGGUCAUCUGAAGCAGCACUCCAUCACUCUCCUUCUUGGUAAAAUAGCCCUUACACAGCCUGGAGGUGUGUUGGGUCAUUGUCCUGUUGAAAAACAAAUGAUAGUCCCACUAAGCCCAAACCAGAUGGGAUGGCGUAUCGCUGCAGAAUGCUGUGGUAGCCAUGCUGGUUAAGUGUGCCUUGAAUUCUAAAUAAAUCAUACACAGUGUCACCAGCAAAGCACCCCCACACCAUAACACGUCCUCCUCCAUGCUUUACGGUGGGAAAUACACAUGCAGAGAUCAUCCGUUCACCCACACCGCGUCUCACAAAGACACGGCGGUUGGAACCAGAAAUCUCCAAUUUGGACAGAUUUCCACCGGUCUAAUGUCCAUUGCUCGUGUUUCUUGGCCCAAGCAAUCUCUUCUUAUUAUUGGUGUCCUUUAGUAGUGGUUUCUUUGCAGCAAUUCAACCAUGAAGGCCUGAUUCAUGCAGUCUCCUCUGAACAGUUGAUGUUGAGAUGUGUCUGUUACUUGAACUACUUGAACUAUGUGAAGCAUUUAUUUGGGCUGCAAUUUCUGAGGCUGGUAACUCUAAUGAACUUAUCCUCUGCAGCCGAGGUAACUCUGGGUCUUCCAUUCCUGUGGCAGUCCUCUUGAGAGCCAGUUUCAUCAUAGCGCUUGAUGGUUUUUGCGACUGCACUUGAAGAAACUUUCAAAGUUCUUGAAAUGUUCCGUAUUGACUGACCUUCAUGUCUUAAAGGAAUGAUGCAUUGUCCUUUCUUUUUGCUUAUUUGAGCUGUUCUUGCCAUAAUAUGGACUUGGUCUUUUACCAAAUAGGGCUAUCUUCUGUAUAUCCCCCCUACCUUGUCACAACACAACUGAUUGGCUCAAACGCAUUAAGAAGGAAAGAAAUUCCACAAAUUAACUUUUAAGAAGGCACACCUGUUAAUUGAAAUGCAUUCCAGGUGACUACCUCAUGAAGCUGGUUGAGAGAAUGCCAAGAGUGUGCAAAGCUGUCAUCAAGGCAAUGGGUGGCUAUUUGAAGAAUCUCAAAUAUAAAAUAGAUUUUGAUUUGUUUAACACUUUUUUGGCACAGCUGUCUUUUUUUUUUGGUUCCCUAAAUGGAACUGGUAUACAGUGGGGAGAACAAGUAUUUGAUACACUGCCAAUGUUGCAGGUUUUCCUACUUACAAAGCAUGUAGAGGUCUAUAAUUUUUAUCAUAAGUACACUUCAACUAUGAGAGACGGAAUCUAAAACAAAAAUCCAGAAAAUCACAUCGUAUGAUUUUUAAGUAAUUAAUUUGCAUUUUAUUGCAUGACAUAAGUAUUUGAUACAUCAGAAAAGCAAAACUUAAUAUUUGGUACAGAAACCUUUGUUUGCAAUUACAGAGAUCAUAUGUUUCCUGUAGGUCUUGACCAGGUUUGCACACACUGCAGCAGGGAUUUUGGCCCACUCCUCCAUACAGACCUUCUCCAGAUCCUUCAGGUUUUGGGGCUGUCGCUGGGCAAUACAGACAUUCAGCUCCCUCCAAAGAUUUUCUAUUGGGUUCAGGUCUGGAGACUGGCUAGGCCACUCCAGGACCUUGAGAUGCUUCUUACGGAGCCACUCCUUAGUUGCCCUGGCUGUGUGUUUCGGGUCAUUGUCAUGCUGGAAGACCCAGCCACGACCCAUCUUCAAUGCUCUUACUGAGGGAAGGAGGUUGUUGGCCAAGAUCUCGGGAUACAUGGCCCCAUCCAUCCUCCCCUCAAAACAGUGCAGUCGUCCUGUCCCCUUUGCAGAAAAGCAUCCCCAAAGAAUGAUGUUUCCACCUCCAUGCUUCACGGUUGGGAUGGUGUUCUUGGGGUUGUACUCAUCCUUCUUCUUCCUCCAAACACGGCGAGUGGAGUUUAGACCAAAAAGCUCUAUUUUUGUCUCAUCAGACCACAUGACCUUCUCCCAUUCCUCCUCUGGAUCAUCCAGAUGGUCAUUGGCAAACUUCAGAUGGGCCUGGACAUGCACUGGCUUGAACAGGGGGACCUAUUGUGCACUGCAGGAUUUUAAUCCAUGACGGCGUAGUGUGUUACUAAUGGUUUUCUUUGAGACUGUGGUCCCAGCUCUUUUCAGUCAUUGACCAGGUCCUGCCGUGUAGUUCUGGGCUGAUCCCUCACCUUCCUCAUGAUCAUUGAUGCCCCACGAGGUGAGAUCUUGCAUGGAGCCCCAGACCGAGGGUGAUUGACCGUCAUCUUGAACUUCUUCCAUUUUCUAAUAAUUGCGCCAACAGUUGUUGCCUUCUCACCAAGCUGCUUGCCUAUUGUCCUGUAGCCCAUCCCAGCCUUGUGCAGGUCUACAAUUUUAUCCCUGAUGUCCUUACACAGCUCUCUGGUCUUGGCCAUUGUGGAGAGGUUGGAGUCUGUUUGAUUGAGUGUGUGGACAGGUGUCUUUUAUACAGGUAACGAGUUCAAACAGGUGAAGUUAAUACAGGUAAUGAGUGGAGAACAGGAGGGCUUCUUAAAGAAAAACUAACAAGUCUGUGAGAGCCGGAAUUUUUACUGGUUGGUUGGUGAUCAAAUACUUAAGUCAUGCAAUAAAAUGCAAAUUAAUUGCUUAAAACUCAUACAAUGUGAUUUUCUGGAUUUUUGUUUUAGAUUCCGUCUCUCACAGUUGAAGUGUACCUAUGAUAAAAAUUACAGACCUCUACAUGCUUUGUAAGUAGGAAAACCUGCAAAAUCGGCAGUGUAUCAAAUACUUGUUCUCCCCCCUGUAUAUAUAUAUGUUUUCAUCCAAAAAUAAUUUUAGCAAUUUUGGUCUUCAAUGCAGGGCCGACAGACAAGUUCCUUAGCUUCUACAAUGAUUAUAAUAAGAUUGUUUUGCGGCUCUAUAUUGAACCUUUUUGAGGGCCAUGUAUGAAGCAAGCCAUAGAACCCUUCAAUAUGGGACCAUUUCUUCUAGCAGUGUAGGGUUUUUUUAGCAGAAUGCAUUUAUCACAAUACAGUACAGUUCUUAUCAUUGUGUUACAUAAAGAUCAUCAUUGUUUCGAAAAAAAUCUAUCCUCUGUUUUGUAGAGAAACAUAUGGAACAUGUGGGUGCGGCCUGCCGGAGGGAAGAUGGUGGGCUCCAUGGAUCUAGGAGGGGCGUCCACCCAGAUAGCCUUCACCCUCCCAGAUCCCAACGCCCGGGGAAAAGACAUCGUACAGGUCUCCCUCUAUGGCUACGAAUACAACAUCUACACUCACAGCUUCCUGUGUUAUGGGAAGAACGAGGCAGAGAAGAGAGUCCUCGCUGCUUUAGUGAAGGUACUGUAUAAAGGAAAUCUUGGUUUACUUAAAAUAGUAUUUGUUUUUUACCAAAUACCUGAUUGGUCAUGCCUGGAGUACUAGAUGGGCUGGGUUUGGAGUUUUGGGACUAUUCCAGCUGUAAAUUAGUUGAAAGAAAAUAAAUACUAUUUGAACCCAGAAUCUGUUAUGAUGUCAUUGCUCACAUUCGUUCCUGGCAGCUUUGUCAACAUGAUGAUGAUGAUGCUUUUAUACUUAGCUGUCUUUUUUUGUGUAAUUAAUGCAAUCCAUCUGUCUAAGUCCACAACAUCCAUUUAUAUCUAAUUACCACAUCCUAAGAAAUCUGAGGACACCUCAUUACCUUGACACUUUACUGUCUCUUGGACAUGAGGCAAAGUGCAUUAUGGUAUUAACUGUAUUGAUCUGUCCAUUUCUAUAUGGUUUGUUUUGCAAGCUUGGUCGAAAAGUGUCUGUUUUACUAGGAUGGUAGAUAAUGCAUUCACAACUGAAGACAACUAUUUUGAGUAGACAACAGUGAUAAUAACGGUCCCACUUUACUUAUAGUUGUUCUUAUACCUGUGUAGCCUAGUAACGCUGUAACUACUACAGUAGAAAAGAGGUUCAAGCUCAGCUAUUGAUCCUUCGGAUUCCUUCUUCAUGAAUGUUAAAGGGACAUACUGUAAAUACUUUAACUGUACUCUCUUUGUCUCACUGAUCAGAACUCUGAGAACGCUACACAUGUGACCAACCCCUGCUUCAAUCUUGGUUACAACAUGUCUGUGUCGGCUGAGUCCAUCUUUGGGACUGAGUGCAUAGAUACACCUGCCGACUACGACCCCAAGCUGAUGAUCACGCUGAAGGGGUCAUCAGACAACGUAGCUUGUAGGGACGUGGUGCAAUCCAUAUUUGACCUGACCUCCUGCACGAACUGUUCCUUUAACGGAGUCUACCAACCAUCCGUGGGACCCGGGGACUUUCUGGUACGCACAUGCGCACUCACACGCGCACGCACACACGCACACACGCACACACACACACACACACACACACACACACACACACACACACACACACACAAACACACAGACUGUAUAUAUAGGGCAUAUUUUGCAGUUAUCCAAUAAAUAUUGUGUCUGUCUGACCCGGGGACUUUCUGGUACACACACGCACAGACAGACAGACUGUAUAUAUAGGGCAUAUUUUGCAGUUAUCCAAUAAAUAUUGUGUCUGUCUGAGCACCUAACCCAUGUUCCCUCCCAUAGGCCUAUGCUGGGUUCUUCUACACUGCUCAGGCUGUCGGGCUGAAAGGCAUUUCACAACUGGACCAGUGGAACUCCUCUACCUGGGAAUUCUGCUCCUGGGACUGGCCCACCGUGAGUCCAUGUUGUUGUUGUAGUUGUUAUAGUGGUCGUUGUUGUUGGUGGUGGUGGUAGUGGUCAUUCUGCUCCAUGGACUGGCCGACUGGGAGUUCUUUUACACUGACAGCUACUGAUGUAGGAUCUUAAUUUGAGCCAGUUUUCUACAGCAGAAAAUAAUCCUGCAGCAACAGGAAAUGUGAAUUAUUAUGUGGAUUAUAAUUAAUGCUAUUUUUUGUAGGGGUUUAUACAUUUCUUGUUAGGACAAAUCAGGUCUGGAAUUUCAAAGUGGAAAUGACUAACUUUAGAAACCUUUUUAAAACUCAAAUACACUACAAAAGAGUGAUUAAAUUAAGAUCCUACAUCUGUAUAGCAAUUUUCACAUGUAUAGCUGUGACAGAGAAGAGCUUGACAUUAGCUAAAAUAAGGGUAAGAAUAGAUGUAAAAUAUGAGUAAAUAUAAGUUAUAUUUAAUGAUGUGGGGUAAGCUCUCUCAACCUGAGAAAAAGUGGCCAUGCAUUCCAUGACUAUUGGGAUCUGUAGGUAUAUAAAAAAGAGGACAACAGGUCAACUGUACUGAACCAUCUGAGGUUCAUUUAUGAGGACCUUUCCUGGGUGGUGUUUCAAAUGGAACUACACACAGACAACAGAGGCAUCUUUUGUAAGACAGGGGUGCUUUCCAACAAUUAUCUAGGCUAUUGCAAUGUAUUAUUAGAAAUGUAUCAUUAGAAGAAAUUAUUAGAAAAUUGCCUCAACACAUGGAAAAUGUAAUGGAUAGACAAAUGGAGUGUUUGUUUUUUGUCUUAUUUUUUAGCUCAAGCUAAAAAAGGGCUGGAUAACUGAAAAAUACAGAAAGUCCUACUGCUAUUCAGCACAUUACGUCCAGACGUUACUUGUAAAUGGCUACAAGUUCAAUAAAGACACUUGGAAACACAUUGACUUCCAAAAACAGGUAAGUGUGGCAGAAUACAGCCAGGUACCUUGGAGGAUCCAAACACGUGCUUCCAAAUGAAAGUGCAAAAAUUGUAGUUUGUAGUUACUAUCAAAUGUUUUUAUGGUCUUAUACUGUACUGCAAAAAGAUAAACAUUCAAGUGGAAAGUGACUAAUUCCAUUGGAAACCAAUAUAAAUGGUGGAUAUACUAUCAUUAACAGAGGCCAAGAUCGUGACAAGGAAGAGGCUAGAAUCAUUUCAUAUGCCCCAAGAAAAUGGAACUUGUGAUGGAAGUCCAGACUGGAACCUCCAGCUGAAGUCUUUCAGUCUGUUAGACUCAAUGAAGUGUAACAUGAAGUCAUUCUUUCAAAAUCAAAGCACAACACAGACUGGUUACAGUAGCUUGUUUGACAUGAUGAAAAAUGGGGGAUUUGUCCCCCAAGAUGACGAUUCUCUGUUUUUCAUUCUUACAAACAAGCGAGAUAUUGUCUCUCUGUGCUUUGUGUUUUGGGUGUCAGGAGAAAUUGAUGACCUUUGUCCAAUCAUCAGAGGGGGUUGAAAGACUUGACUUCUUCAGUGGAAGGAAAGACAGAGUUUAGAGUCAUUUUCCCCCUGGGGGGCAUAGUUUGCCUCAAUUAUUUAUAAACGGCAAACGUUCUUCCAACUUGUAAUGUUCAUUAUGCAUCGUUGUCUUUCAGCCUUUUCCAAUAGACUAUAUAUAUUUUUUUAUUCUCUCUGAUGAUUCCCAUUGAUGUUAAAAAAGCAGGCAGGUCACCCAUGACACAAGUCAGUAUUCGACUUCCAUCCAUGUCUGAGGACGUCGGGAGAUGACGUGGAAACUGGCCACUAGGGGCAACAGUGAGCGCUGUUACCUUCAAGUAGGUUUCGGUUUUGCUAGGGUGUUGUGGACAGGGAUGGCGGAUGGGCAUAAGCAUCUAUAACGUCAAAAUAUGACGUUUGAGAAACAUGGAUGAACGUCUAAUUCUGAUGUGAGACUGUGAGAGCUUGUAGCAAAAAAUAUGUGAUAGAGGAUGCCAGAAUUGGGAAAAGGGUCAGGAUUUCUGAACUCCAAAUCGACCACUAGCCCCUACUCACCUGCCACUCAUGUAGAUCAGAGAGGAUUGGAUAGGUGGAAGCAGUAAGGAGAUAUUUCCACCUAGCCAAUCAGAAAGUAAUAUGAAGCUAUUGACAUAAUGCUUAUACUGUAUCCAUCCAAUCCUAUCAGAUCUAAUGUAGUGCCUAGGAUGUAGGGGCUAGGUGACAAUUUGGAAUUGAGCAAUAAUCUGUUUUAAGUCUGUUCGUCCCAUAAAUCUUGUUCAUCCCAUAGGCUGGGGUGUAGGAGAUAGGGAUCUAUAGGUGUGCAGUGAAGCAUUUGAGAUUUUGCAAAGAUUGGUUUAAGCUUCAACUAAAUAAACAGAGACAAUGCAUUCCAUGACUAUUGGGAUCUGUAGGUACGUAAAUAAGGAGAACAGGUCAGUAGUGUUGAACCAUCUGGAGUUAAUUUAUGAGGACCUCUGUCUUCACUCUGUCUUGUACGUCCCCUAUGGUGUAAACAGUGGUAUUCAAAGGCGGGGUCGCCAAAUUUAAAACGUUUUUAAAAUUAAGAGUACAUACUCUUUAAAAAAGUUAUGUAAUCAACGGCCAAUAUUAACUUUUUUAAUUGGGUCUAUGACAGUUUAUUUCAAAUCAAGUCCGACAGUUCUUCAAUCUGAAGGAAGUAUAGUUUGAAGGUGACUGAAUUGCAUCAGAAAGGUAUUGGGAGGUUCAGAAGAUCAGUAGGCAAUAAUGUUGUAUGAUGUUCUGUGUAGAAAAGAACACAUCAUUGAUGUUUAUUUCCCCCCAGUCUGAUUUAGUGCCUGGUCUUGUCCACUCUGUUCUAAUUAGGCUUGUGGACAUUGUAGAGUGAACCAGACACGUAGGUGUCCCUGAGAGUCUCAUCUUUCAGUGAUGAGGUCAUAAUAUUUUGUAGCUUAAAUGGUUCAAAAGAUAGAGCCACAUGUGUAGGCAGAAAAAAGAAACCACUCUGUUUAUUACAACCGCAUCUAGCGACUAGCGACACCGGUUUAGUUUCACUCGCGACCCCAUUUUCAAAUCAGGCGAUCCCUAGUUUGGGAAACACUUGUCUGUUUUAAGUGAGUCUGUAUGUCUUCAAACUGUCUUGUCAAUCCUCUACUGUGUGGGGCGCCCCCUAGGGCUCGGCAGGGGGCCGCGGGGAUAAAAUGACCCGAGUGAAAACGUUUAGGAACCCCUGCUCUACGGUAUAGGGGCUAGUGGUCAGUAGUCUGUUUUAAGUGAGUCUCUGUCUGUCUCUCUUUACGCUGUCUCUCUGUCCCCUCCAGGUACAUAACACGAGUGUAGGCUGGAGUCUGGGAUACAUGCUACAUACAUCCAACAUGAUCCCUGCUGAGGCCAAGCUGGUGCGUCUCCCCAUUGCCAACUCUUUGUUCGGUGGCCUCCUCUUCCUUUUCACCGCCCUCACCAUCGUCAGUGUCAUGUUCCUGAUCAUCAAGGCUGUGCGCGCCUGCUACUGACCCCCACUAGAGAGCAGUGUGUUGAAAUUACAGUUACGCCUAGGGUUGCAAAAUUCCAGUUACUUUACCAAAAUGUGGUUUUCCAGAAUUCCCGGUUGGAAUAUUCCUGGAAUCAGGAGGGAAUGAG